UUUUGCUGUGGUAUGUGAUCCAACAUACGUGAGGUUGGUUAGCAUGUGCUUCCUCUUGCUAUGGCUUGAGGUUUAAGGUGGAGCUUCCUGGGGUUCCUCUUGGUUUCUUUUAGUAAGCUGUGACAUUCAGUCUUGAGUGUCUGCAUGUUGUCAUGAUUUACAUCACUGACCGCUCUCAGAAUCAACUUUAGUCGACUUUUGUUUCGGUAACGAUGACUGGGAUCCCGUACCUGGCUUGUUUGUGGACUCUGGUCAUUGCACAAACAGGGUUUGUUUCCAGUGACAUUCAGUUCAUUGAGCGACAUGAGGGUGAAUCUGUGGUUCUUCCCUGUGUUACCGAGCCGAGCAGCUUCCCAGCCAUUGGCAUCUACCUGAAACGCAGCUGGCUGAGUCCCAGUAAAGUACUCUUCAAGUACACCAAGAUGGACUUCAGUUUGGCCAACCCUGCCGAUAAAAACCGGAUCAGUGUCAGUGGAGACCCGAGCAGUCACUCCCUCAACGUGACCAUCUCUCAGCUGAGGGCUGCUGACACAGACCGCUACUUCUGUGAAUUUGUUCUGGAAAUUCCUUCCUCUGAAGAUAAACUCGAACAAGGAAAGACCGAGUUCUUCCUCCUUGUUAACGCUGACGUCCCGGGCUCCGUGGACACGGAGCUUGUAGAGACGUGUGCUGGGGGCUCAGCUGUGCUUCCCUGUCACUCCCCACGAGGGGAAGACUCCGUCGUGGAGGGUGUGAGUCUCAGGAGACAAAAGAGCCAGGCAUCCGUGGAGGUGGUGUACCACUCAAAGCUGCACCACAGCAGCCAACAUCCUCCCUCCGUCGCUCGGUUCCCCGCUGAGCGGGUCCAGUUGUCCUCUGCGCUCGGCCCGGGCGGCAUCACCUACAACCUGACCCUGAAGCAGCUGCAGCCAGAAGACAGCGGCCUGUACAGCUGCCAGCUUCUCCUGCGCGGCAGGCCCGACAGCAGCACCAGUCUAGGCAGACGAGUGUUUUCUGUUUCCGUGCAAGGCGGUCAGUGUGGCUGCUCCAACAGCUCCAGCAGCAACCAACAUACCACCGUCCUGUAUGCUCUGUCAUCAGCUGUGGGCAUCCUCCUCCUGAUCCUCGUGGGAAUUCUUCUUGCUAAUUGCAAAGCGCGCCGCAGCGUCAAAUCAAGCCCCCAGGCCCCCAUCUACGAGGAGAUGGUCGGGUCUCCCAGUCAAAAACUGGCCCCUCUUCAUCUGGAGGAUGCGGAUUCCGAGUACAGAAACUGCUCGGUGAAGAAGUCCUGCCCUGAAAACCAUUAUGAAAGCCCCAGCGGAUCCCUCUUCCCCAGGAGAGCCUCAGCAAUCAAAUCUUAGACCUUCUUUUCUUCAACCUCAUCAAACAGCUGCCUCAAUUUUAUGGAUUUAUUCUUAUUCCUUAUUUGCUUUGUAGAACUUUGUAGUUUUAAUUUGUGAGAGGAGCGUGUAUUACUGAUGUUUUUUUUUUUUUUAAAAAACGUAAAAAAAAAAGAAAAAAAAAUUAUUCUUGUUAGCUAAAGUUAGUUCUCACUUUGAAAAACAUGGGCAAAAGUAAACUUUGUCCACCCCCCCUCUCUCUUUUGGGGCAAGUGUAUUGUACAGCAAGCUUUAAAUAAAUAAGUAAAGAUCCA